AUGUUUUCCUUCUUCUCCAGAAAGCCUGCUGCGCCUAACCACCACCAGCAGCUACACACUCCAUCGCCCUCGCUCGACAUCGACCCAUCCACACUCUCCCCACCCCCUCCAGGGCCCACAGACACACCCUCGCCCCAACCCGAAGAGCACGAUGACGAGCCAGAGCGCGUGACCUCUCCAACCGCUCUCUUCGCCCUCGUCGCCUCCGUCCCUCCGCAGACCCUGCACGAAUACACCCUCGCCCACCUCUGCCCGCCUCCACCAACGCCCUUCCCCUUCCCCGCCUCCUCCGUCCCCUCCUCCCCAUACCAGCUCCCAAACCCCAACAGCCCCGCCUCCCUUUCCUCCUUCGCCGCCGCCGCCUCAAUCCGCAAACCCAACGCCCCCGCACCCCCACCCCCAGAAACACUAUCCCACCUAUCCAAAUUCUUCGCCGAUCUCCGCCCACCCCCCAAGCUCCAUUGCGUGCGCUGCCACGCCGCCUUUUUCGCGUUGGAGAACGGGGACACCGCGUGCCGCGUCCCCCACGACGACGACAGCGCCAUUGUCGAGCGCGUCCGCGUCGGCAGUGGGAGUGAAUAUGAAACUCUGUAUACGUGCUGCAAUAAGACUGUCGAGGGCGAGGGCGAUAUGGGUCCGCCUGAUGGAUGGUGCUACGAGGGUCCGCAUACGACCGACACCAAACGCGCGCGCUUCCGCGCCGACUCGACACCUACCGACGACAAACUCACACCAUGCGCCAAACUCCGCUGCCACGACCCACCCGCACUUCCAAGCAGAAGCAAGAGCAGGAGCAGGAGUCCGCGGAGGAGACAUGUGAAGCGCCAGAGCGCCGGGAGCUCUGCGCUGCAUAUGGAGAUUUUUGGAAGGGGGGUUAAUGCUGCUUCUGGUGGGAGCGGGGGGGUGAGAAGCAAGCCUGUAUCGAGCGCUACGAAUGUAUCGGGCGAGUCGAGUGUCAGCGCCAGUGUUAGUAUUAGUGCGCGUGGGCGCGGACGAGGGCGCGCGCGUGGAAGUGGAGACGCGGAAGAGGAUGAGAGCGCUAGUACCCCCGCCCCGCAACAACAGAAGAGCAAGCGGAAGCGCGUGAUAAGCACCGCGCCUAUGAUGCUCGCGCAGGGCGAGGAAGCUGGUGUGCGUGUUAUCAAGGGUCCAGGGAAGGGAAAAGCUAAAGCCAAUGCCAAUGCAAAUGCGAAUGCAAAUGAUAAAGACGAGCAGGAGCUGGGUACACAUGGACGAGCAAGGCCUGCGAAGCGGGUGAAAGGCGGUGCUAAUUCUGCUGCUGCUGUUGAAGAAGAGGAAGAGGAGGAAAAUCAAGGGGAUGACGGGGAAGGGGAUGUGGAGAUGGCGGACGGGACACAGAUGGACGUAGACGAGGACGAGGCAGCGCGUAAACCAAGCGCAAAGUCCAAAUCCAAGACAGCUGCAAAGCCAAUGGCGGAGGAGGAGGAGGAAGAAGAGGAGGAAGAGGAGGAGGAAAGUACGAUCUUCGUCUCGCCUUCGCCUUUGCGGAAAGUUGUGGGAAACGAGAACGACAAUGGGAAGGGAAAUGCAAAAACUAGCGCCAGCGCCAAUGCCAAUGCAACACUCAAAGCCAAAGCCAAAGCCAAAGGGAAAGGCAGAGUGAACCCGAAACACAAGUCGAAAGCUACAGUCGACACCGACACCGAUACCGAUGUCGAUAACAAGCGUGAAACUAGCCGAGCGAAAGCGAAGGCGAGGUUCGUCGAGUUGCGUCAGGAAGAAGAAGAAGAAGAAGAAGAGGGGGAUGAACAACAACAACAGCAGCAGCAGCAGCAGCAAGAAGAAGAAGAAGACGAAGACGAAGGAGGAGAAGAAGACGAAAGAAAAUCCAGAUCCCGCUCACGCACCCGAUCCCGCACGCGCACGCGUCCCAUGUUCGGCGUCAGCGCCAACACCCACACCCACACCCACACUGCCGCACCAUCUUCACCCGGAAACUCAAAAGACAAAAGAAAAGGAAGACAAGUUGCAGUCGAAGUCCGUAUCAUGUCGCAUUCGCAUUCGCGGAGUCCGACACGGAGUCCGACGCGGCGUUCGGGUUUAGGCUCAGGCUCAGGGGGUGGUGCACUGCUCGCUGAAUCAUCUUCCUCUUCCGCCUCUGUGCAUGGAACUGGUACUGGUACUGGUGCUACAAAGAAAAAGGACGCAAACGCGAACAGGGGCAUCCCAACCGGCACAGUCCGCGCGCGCGCAAGAGCGUUAGGGUUAGGCGAGGUCGUUUCGUCUAGUGUGGACGGGGAGACGUUGUAA